AUGAAAGAUCACGCUGAGGGACAAAAUGGAUACUCAUAUGACAGACCCGAGAAUCCACUAAAUGCAGGAGGCAGCACUCCAGGCCCUAUCCUUUCAACUCCGUCUGGAUUCCGACCUCAAAGCGAUUUUCCACAACAAACAGGAACAACACCGUCCCUUCCCGGUAGCCCAGGUAUUCCAGGCACCGGACCAGCAAGCCAGCCAGGAUAUCCAGGAGGAAGACCAACAUAUACUCCUGGAGGCACUGGUGGUACGCCAGGACAGCCAGGAACAGGCUAUCCUUCAGGAAGACCAUCUGGUCCAGGAUUCCCUUCUACCCAACCAUCAGCUCCAGGGCAAGGUACGCCAGGAAGACCAGGACAAUUCCCUACAACACCUAGUGGUACACAAUUUCCAACUGGUACUUCGGGAAGACCAUCCGGCCAACCGGGUGGAACAACAGCAAUAGGUGGGCAAGGUUAUCCAGGAGGUAGACCAACUGGACCACAAUUUCCAUCAUCACCAGGUGAAUCACCAACACCAACCUUCCCAACUACUCAACCUGGUUCAGAUGGACAAUCUGGAAGACCGAGUGGUACAUUUCCAUCACAACCAUCCGGGACAAGACCUGGACAACAAGGCUACCCUGGCAGUCAACCAGGAUACCCUGGCAAUCAACAAGGCUAUCCUUCAGGUCGCCCUAGCGGACCAGGAUUUCCAGGAUCUCAGCCAGAACAAGGAGAUGCUCAACCUGGAAGACCUGCAGGCUAUCCUUCUCAGCCUGGUAGACCCGGAGUUCAACAAGAUUACCCUUCAGGUCCUCAAGGUCCAAGCGGAACUUUACCAGGGCAAGGGCCACAAACUUUUCAACCAGGUGUUGGACCAAGCCAAGGCGGAUUACCAGGACAAACCUCACCCCAGAUCCCCUCAGCUCCUGGGAUACCAGGACAACCAGGUACAGGAAUAACAGGCCAGCCAGGUACAGGAAUCCCAGGGCAACCUGGUACAGGAAUCCCAGGACAACCAGGAACUUCAGGUCCAUUCCUACCAGGCCCAGGCCAAACAACAUUACCAGGAGGACCAUCACAAACCCAAUUCCCAGGAACACCGGGAGGCCCUGGCUUCACUCCAGGACAGGUUAGCCCACAAGGACCAGGACAGCCUGGCUUCUUCCCAGGAACCCAAGGUCCUGGCCCAUUUGCUCCAGGAAUUCCAGGAUCAUCUGGAUUCCCUGAUGAUGGCAGCUAUCCUGGUGGAGACUAUUCUGCUAUUCCCGGUGAACCUGGUACAGACUACCCGAUAUUUUCUGAAAUCCCAGAGACUUCGUUUACAUGCGAACAACAAGAACGCCCUGGAUAUUAUGCCGAUGUUGAGGCUCAGUGCCAAGUAUUUCACAUCUGUGCUAACAACAAAACAUAUGACUUCUUGUGCCCAAAUGGAACAAUAUUUCAUCAGGAAUAUUUCGUAUGUGUUUGGUGGAAUCAGUUCGAUUGCAGUUCCGCUCCUGGUUUGUACUACCUCAACGAACAAUUAUAUGAUUACAACAUUAUGGGAAGUAAUAUUCCGGGAAUCACUGGAGGAUUUCCACCAGCUAUAGGGCCAGAAGGACCUACAUCACCAUUUGGACCUUCAGGUGAGACUCAAGGGCCAUCAUCUGGUGGUCCUCCAGGCCAAGGCCAAGGUCCAUUUGGACCGUCAGCUGGACAGCCAGGACAAGGUCCAUUUGGACCGUCAGCUGGGCAGCCAGGACAAGGUCCAUUUGGGCCAUCUACUGGACCACAAGGACCAGGAACUGGAUACCCAGGAGCACCACAACAGGAUACACAAGUUCCAGGUAGCCCAUCUGGAGUAGGCUACCCAAGCGGCGGACCAACACAAGGGCCUUCAACAACUCUUCCAGGAGGAAGACCAGGACAAGGACCUGCUGGAUACCCCAGUGGAACACCUGGACAAGGACCUGCUGGAUACCCCAGUGGAGCACCUGGACAAGGACCUGCUGGAUACCCCAGUGGAGAACCAGGACAAGGACCUGCUGGAUACCCCAGUGGAGCACCAGGACAAGGACCUGCUGGAUACCCCAGUGGAGCACCUGGACAAGGACCUGCUGGAUACCCCAGUGGAGCACCAGGACAAGGACCUGCUGGAUACCCCAGUGGAGCACCUGGACAAGGACCUGCUGGAUACCCCAGUGGAGCACCUGGACAAGGACCUGCUGGAUACCCGAGUGGAGCACCAGGACAAGGACCUGCUGGAUAUCCAAGCGGUGGACCAACUCAAGGACCAUCAGCUGGUUUCCCAAGUGGAGGGCCAACGCAAGGUCCAUCAGCUGGAUAUCCAAGUGGAAGACCAAUCCAAGGACCAAGUGGGCCAACACAAGGACCAACAGGCUACCCCAGUGGAGGACCAACGCAAGGACCAUCAGCAGGAUACCCCAGUGGAAGACCAACCCAAGGACCUGGUUUCCCAAGUGGAGGACCAACACAAGGACCAUCAGCUGGUUUCCCAGGAGGACCAACCCAAGGACCAUCAGCUGGUUUUCCAGGAGGUCCAACCCAAGGACCAUCAGCAGGAUAUCCAAGCGGUGGACCAACGCAAGGACCAUCAGCUGGAUAUCCAAGUGGAAGACCAGGCCAAGGACCAUCAGCAGGAUAUCCAAGCGGUGGACCAACGCAAGGACCAUCAGCUGGUUUCCCUAGUGGGCCUACGCAAGGACCAUCAGCUGGAUAUCCAAGUGGAAGACCAGGCCAAGGACCAUCAGCAGGAUAUCCAAGCGGUGGACCAACGCAAGGACCAUCAGCUGGUUUCCCUAGUGGGCCAACGCAAGGACCAUCAGCUGGAUAUCCAAGUGGAAGACCAGGCCAAGGACCAUCAGCAGGAUAUCCAAGCGGUGGACCAACGCAAGGACCAUCAGCAGGUUUCCCAGGUGGACCAACCCAGGGACCAUCAGCUGGAUAUCCAAGCAGUGGACCAAGCCAAGGACCAUCAGCUGGAUACCCAAGUGGAAGACCAAGCCAAGGACCAUCAACUGGAGUCCCAGGAGGACCAACCCAAGGACCAUCAGCUGGAUAUCCUAGCGGUGGACCAAGCCAAGGACCAUCUGCUGGAUACCCAAGUGGAAGACCAAGUCAAGGACCAUCAGCUGGUUUCCCUAGUGUGCCAACGCAAGGACCUACCGGAUAUCCAAGUGGAGGACCAUCACAAGGACCAUCGUCUGGUUUCCCUGGUGGCCCGACACAAGGACCAACUGGUUUCCCUAGUGGAGGACCCACCCAAGGACCUUCCGGCCCAACAGGACCGUCUGGCCAACAGGGGCCUACAGGACAAGGGCCAUCGUUUGGAGGAAGACCAACUCAAGCUGACGUACCUUCGAAACCAAGUAGGGAAUACCUUCCUCUGCCAUCUGGGCCAUCGGGCAGACCAAAUGGUUCUCAAGGCAGACCCCAGGGAGGUCAACCAUCUUUCCCUCAAGGAACUCAACCUUCUGGGCCACAGACUGGUCCGAGCGCUCCAGGAACAAGCCCCAGUGGACAAAGACCAGGUCCUCAAUUCGACACACAACAGACAAGCCCACCAAAACCAGACCGACAAUAUUUACCACCUUAUAGGCGGUAG